AUGUUGGAAGGGAAGGCUUUGAUAGAGGAUACAGAUAUGCCACUGAAGAUGCAGAUCCAAGCAAUGGCCUGUGCUUAUCAAGCUUUGGAUCUAUAUGAUGUUUUGGACUGCAAAUCCAUUGCUGCCCACAUCAAAAAGGAUUUUGACAAAAAGUAUGGGAAUGGAUGGCAAUGUGUGGUGGGGUCCAACUUUGGGUGUUUUUUCACACACAAAAAAGGGAGUUUCAUAUAUUUUACACUUGAGACCCUCAAUUUUCUCAUCUUCAAAGGUGCUGCCUCUCCUUGA